AUGGAGCGCUUGAAGUAUUUGAUGCAUGAUUUUCGCAUUGAGAUCAGUUUUUGGUAUGAACUGGAAAAGAGGAAACUACAUGAAUGGAGGCUGUCCGAGCCCAUCAUUCGCUCGCCAGUAUUUGGUGUUACGAGUUCCUCAUCUUCAGGUAUCUAUCGGUCAUUAGUAUCGCUGAGGGCGGAAAGCUUGUCCGCGAGCCGUGUGAAUGUCACGAGGCGUCUUAGGGACGAAACAUCGGUGAGUGAAGGAGACCCAAUCGACGACCAUUCUGGUGGUACCGGCACGAGUUUGCGGUGUGUGCACACACUACACGAUGGCUUUAUUCAAAACUUUAAUACGGCUAAGCAACUUUACCAACUUCCUCGUCGUAGCGCAUUGUGGGAUAUUUUGAAAAAGUCACUUCUUCUUCCUCUGUAUACUUGUUGCAAAAAUAAGCGCGAGGAAAACGUAACUGAAUACUCUUCUGCGGAGGAACUAGCGUGGGAGGACGUAAACUUCUCAAUUAUGGCGCUUUACACGUACGCGGACCUUAAAAGCCACCGUUUCCUUUAUUCGGUUGCCUUUCCUGUUUUUGAUCUUGGCUCUCCUGUCUUUGUUCAACGGCGCGUAAAAGGUGGUUAUACUGCUGCUGGGUCUGAAUUUAAAGGUGUUUACUUUCCGAACCAAUUUGCUGUUGACCGCGUUCAUGCGCAUUUGUUGGAGAAACUGCAGAAGAGACCCGAGAAUGGACCCAAUCCCUUUAUUGUCGUGCGAUCUUCCGCUGCUGAUGUGAAGGGUAAAGGAAACAAUGAUGAUGGGUGUGUUAUAUUUCUACCAUUCUCGCCCAAGUCUAUGGAAGCAGCGUCGAAUCAUUCAAUGCCGUUGAUUGCUUUCCUGGACUAUUCUUCUGAAGGCUCGCCCGGAUGGGCUGUGCGCAACAUUGUUAGUGCUCUUCGAUUGGCGCAGCCACUCAUUACUUCGUUUGCUUUAUACUGCGUGCGGAACAACGAUGUGUCAGAGAGCGUCCUCUUUCACUGUAUGUGCGAGCCGCUUUCCUAUACCUUAGAGGAGGUUGUAGAAGGUGUUAGUCCAGCCAAAGUAGUUGGCUGGGUGGAUCCGGAAAGCGACGGUGGAGCCUCGAGUGUUCACACUAUUGAUCUGGGCCCCCUGAUGUCUCCGGAUAAACUGGCCGACGCGAGCGCUGGGCUUAACUUAACUUUGAUGAAGUGGCGCGCGCUGCCUGAACUUAACCUCGAUAGGUUGGCGCAGUGCAAAGCUCUACUGUUAGGGACAGGAACGCUCGGUUGCAACGUGGCACGGCAGUUGCUCAUGUGGGGUGUGAGGCAUAUCACACUUGUGGAUCGCGGUAAAGUGUCAUUUUCAAACCCGGUUCGACAAACACUCUUUGAGUUGUCUGACGUCAACAACCCACGGGAAGAAGAACGAAAUAAAGCCAUUGCCGCAGCUAAGGCACUGAAACGUAUCCUUCCUGGUGUAAACGCACGUGGUGUGCCAUUGACAAUACACAUGCCCGGUCACCGCGUGGACAAGGCCCGUGAGGAAGAAGUAAAGGCAGAAAUAGAGGCUCUGGAUGAACUCAUACGCUCACACGAUGUGGUGUUCUUGUUGACUGACAGCCGAGAAGCGCGCUGGUUACCUACACUAAUGGCCACUGCACACUGUAAACCAACCGUUAAUGUUGCACUUGCAUUUGACACAUAUGUUGUUAUGCGCCAUGGAUUGGACCCACCGGAAGGCAGUGACAAAGGGGCGAAGUACGUUCGUCUGGGUUGCUACUUCUGCAGUGAUUCCGUCGCCCCUCGGGACAGUAUUACCGCUCGCACGCUUGACCAGCAGUGCACUGUCACUCGGCCUGGUCUCUCAGCGAUUGCAUCUGCUAUUGCAGUGGAGUUGCUUGCCCAACUUUACAACCACCCUCUGGGAUUUGCCUGUCCUCCUUACGUCCAGAGUGAGAGGGACGCGACACCGGGGGUCUCCGAUUCCGUUGCAGGUGGCGCUGUUUGCCCUUUGGGCACGAUCCCACAGCAAAUACGUGGUAGCGUCGCCCACCACAACGUUUACACACUCCAUGGUUGCCGUUACGAGCAGUGCACCGCAUGCUCCGAUCCUAUCGUACGCUCAUACAAGGACGAGGGGUCAGCUUUUGUGCUACGAUGUAUCAACGACCCUAUGUACAUUGAAGAAGUAAGUGGGGUGAAAGCAUUUAAAGAAAGUUGUGCUCUUGAUAGUUGCGACGGCUGGGAUGAUGAUGUGGACAAUCAGUAG